AUGCAUCUACGCCCCGACCAUGCCGUCCGGGACCUCCGAACCCUCCACGCCUUCAUCCGCGCACACCCUCUUGGCGUCCUCACCACUUCCCUCCCAUCAGAGAACCACCCAACACUCCAAUGCAGCCAUAUACCAUGGGUGCUGGACAGCAACCCACCAAUCAGCCCCAAGGCAGACCUCGCUGCCAAUGCCAAUCCGACCAAGCUCGAUAAUCACCCGCCAUUCCUUGGCAUAAUGCGGGGCCAUAUUGCCCGUGCAAAUCCCCAAAGCAAAGCCAUGAUCGAAGCCGUCACGGAAGCCCGUGCCAAACGCACAUCCUCUUCAGACCCAGAUACGGAACAGCCACAGGGCUCAGAUCUCUUGCCCGAAGAUGUCAUGAUCGUAUUCACCAGCCCGGUGGACCACUACAUCACACCGAAUUUCUACACGCAGGGCAAAGUGGGAGGGAAAGUUGCGCCGACGUGGAAUUACGCCGCUGUGCAGGUCUACGGGCGCGCGCGCAUCUACCACGACUCGAACGAGGGGGGUGCAUGUACGGGCGAGUUUUUGCGGAGCCAGUUGACUGAUCUUGCCUCGUUAGGCGAGGAAGGGGUAAUGGGGUUUCGGGAUGGCAGUGGCAGUCAAGGCAGUGGCACUAGUAGUCUCGGCGAGGCCGGUGGUGAACAUUCACCUUGGAAGAUCGCCGAGGCGCCCAAGGAGUACAUUGCGACGUUGUUGAAGAACAUUGUUGGGAUGCGCAUUGAGAUCACCCGGAUCGAGGGCCGUUUCAAGGUUAGCCAGGAACGACCGGGGGUUGAUCGGAGCGGGGUGGUGGAGGGGUUGGAGGGGAUGCAGAGUGAUCGCGCACGAGAGAUGGCGGGGUUUGUGAAGAGUGGGUGUGUGGUGUCUACGUCUACGUCUACGUGUGACAAGUGA